UUGCGUUGCGUCACGCCUUCCGCGAGGAUCAUCUGGAUGACACUAGCCGUGCUCCCGACACCGAUCACACUGAUCACACCGAUCUUGCCCAUUCCAAAUAUUGAAUCAACAAAUCGACUGGUCUUACAGAGAAAUCGACCUUCUUGAUCGAUUUGAUCAGUUUAUGAACAAUCGAGGAUUAAACGACUAUUCACUUGCAAAUGACAGGAUCGCAGAUUUGACACUGUCUGGAGAGUUUUCAGCUGUUCUUCUUGACAACGAGUUUGAGGCGGCGUUGGCUGAGACUUUGGAAGUCGUUGACGACCCAGGUAUCCAAGAGAUACUGAAUCCUGUUCUCUCUGACAAGAAUACUAGUCUGGACGAGAUGAUUAAAGCCAUCCGGUUGAUGGAUCACUCCAAUGAUUUGGUCUACUACAUGUCUAGUGUAUUCAGAGGAUUAGAGAGAUUUGUCCGAUGUCAACGCCUUCCAGUUGUUCCAAAUGAGCGUCAGGCAUUCACGGACCUUGUCCUUCCUGCUCUUGACGGUGGGAUGGCAAUGGUGAAUCUGGCGGUUAGACGAUUCGAAGUUACUGUCUACGGAUCAGCAAGACGACAAAACGCUGGCCGAAAUCCUUUCAUUGAAAGGCGUGCGCAAGGGCAUCAGGCGGAUGCAAUUGUUGAAACGACGGAGGGAUAUCAGUUCGUGAUCAUCGAGAGCGCCAAGCUUACAGGGGCCACAGAGGAGAAAAUCGCCCAAGACCAUUUCAAGCUUGCUCGUGACAUGAAGGACACUUGGACUGAAGUGGUGCGUAAAGUUGUGUCUGUCAACAAGCGACCACCGAGCCACUUGACUGUCUUUGGAGUACAGGCGUUUGACACUGAAUUGGUUUUUCUAGCAAUGGAUUUCAAGGGAUGUUUCCGAUUGUACGACCUCGCUACAAUCCAGAUUCCAAACUCGCUAACAACUAUCCAGAGGGACAUGAACAGAUUCUUAUCAACAUGCAUUGGAUUUGCAAAACUGGUUGCUUGCGAAUAUAAAAAAUUCAAUAAUACUCUUCAGGAUCUGGGGAUGAUAGACCGCAGAUCGUGCAAUCGGGCUGUCAGGAACAUCAAGGUUACCUCUACUUCACCCCUGAAGUCGGUAAAAACACCUCUGAAGUCUUUGAAAUCUGGAAAGCGCAAGCGAAUUGAUGAAGACGGAAAUCAGUAGCGACUGAGGAGUACAGGUGAUCAAUACGAAUAAUCUGGAUAGGAAAGUGAAUGAAAAACGUUCAUCCCUUUAUUGAUCACCUCCUACUGAUUUAAAUAGGGUGAAGGACAAUCUCUAAUUGACAACUAAGUGAAAUUACUACUUACAUGUGACUGAUAUAUCACAGCGGCCAUACAUUGUAUGUACUAGAUAGCCCUUCAAUAAAAGAACCUUAACUCAGUAUCGGGACGAAAUACUUUAUG